AUGAGCGAGUUGAAUGAGGUAAACAGCUCAGUAUUAUUCGGACUGAAAUACUGCGCGAUUAUUGACAUUCGAAGGAGUAUCGAAGGUGAUCAGUGGUUCGGUUGGAGAGCAAUGAUCAGCAACGCGAGGAACGUCGAGGAGAAGCACGGAAAAAUAGAGGAAGAAGAAUGCUCUGUCGUUGCCGCCGUAUCUAGAAACGGGACGACAGACGUAGGCGCCUAA